AUGCCGCUAUUCUUCUCUUGUCCUUCAAUUUUCCCCAAAGAAUCUCGACCCCCCAAGUCUCUUAAAAGAGCAGAUUUCGCCUUCAAUUUAUUCAAUUAUCCAACCAUGGACCCCGUUUCUAGUUCAUCAUCAUCAUCAUCGUCAACAACCCUACGUCCAAACAGGUCACAUCCUCGGUUCAAACCGACCCAUCCUGUUGUCGAACGGAUAUCCCGAGCUCUUCGUCACCCGCUCUUCCUCCUCCAUAGAUCUUAUUCUGACUUCUUCGUCUUAGGUGCCACGGGAAAUGUUUAUACAGUGACAUUAUGUUCAAAUCCUUCAUGCACAUGCCCCGACCGUACGACCCCGUGUAAACACAUCUUAUUUGUUCUGAUCCGAGCGUUGGGUGUAUCAGUCGAUGACACAUGUCUUCGGAGACGGGCUCUUAGGCCAUGUCGGUUGAGCCACCUUCUCGGGACUCCCACGUCACCAGCAGCAUUGGCGGGGGAUAGCUUACGUGAGAGGUUUCACCAGCUUUUCUCCGAGAGAAAGAAGCAUGGCGGGUCAGGGGAUGUUAAGGAGAUCGAAGAAGGGACGGCGUGUCCCGUUUGCUUGGAGGAAAUGGAGAAAGGAGACAAAGUGACGGCUUGUUCCACAUGUCAAAACCUGAUUCACGAAGAAUGCUUGAUGAGAUGGAAGAGGAGCCGUGGGAGGAGGUCGGCUAAUUGUGUGAUUUGUCGUGCAAGGUGGAGUAGUGAUCAAGAGAAGUAUCUGAAUUUAGCUGCUUAUAUUGUCCGGGAAGAGGCUGAGGGCGGCAGCGGCAGCGGCAGUGGUGGUACCAACCUAUGUGCUGGAUAAUUUGUUUUACGUUUUAGCUUUGGGUUAGAAAGAAUGUUAACUAUGAAUUGUAUGCUUUUAACUAUUAAUUGUGUAUAUGCAAUAUUCUUAGAAAUUCUUAAUGGAUAAUUCAUAUGAUAUUAAAGCAGUGUGUUAAUUAUUUGGAAAUAAA